ACGGGAGCGCAGUAUCCUCGGGCGAAAAGCAAGUUCGAGACCGCUUCGAAGUCAAAGAAGAAAAAGUCUUUUUAGAGAGAAAAAAAGUUUGUUUCUUUUUUUUCCCUUCUUCUUUUUCUUCGCGAGAGUUCUUCCCCCCGUACGCUGACAUGGCCGGCCGCAACUUGUACCACACCAAGAGAUUCAGCAGCCAGUCUUACACCCCCGGCUCGGCGAUGCAGCGGGCCAGCUCGGUGCGAUCCGCCGGUUACCUGACGUCGGCGGCGGCGCCGCGGGUCAGCAUCAAGCCCCUGUCGCUGGAGGUGCCGCACUUCGAGGAUGGGCAGGCUUUUCAAGAACUCCGCAACCAGGAGAAGGAGCAGAUCAAAGGGCUGAAUAACCAGUUCGCCUGCUUCAUCGACAAGGUGCGGUCGCUGGAGCAACGCAACAAGCAGCUGGAGACUCACUGGCAUCUGCUGCAAGAGAGGGGGUCGCGCACGUCCAACAUCGACUCCCUGUACCAGGCUUACGCCAACAACCUCAAGCUGCAGAUAGACGGCCUGGCCCAGGAGAAGUUGCGCAUGGGAGUCGAAUUGGACAACGUGCAGGGCUUGGUGGAAGACUACAAGACAAAGUAUGAAGAUGAGAUUAACAUGCGCACAGAGAAAGAGAAUGAAUUUGUCAUGAUCAAGAAGGAUGUUGACGAGAGCUAUCUCAACAAGGUGGAGCUGGAGGCAAAGCUCGAGAGCCUGAUCGAUGAAAUCAACUUCCUGAAGGAAAUUUUUGAUGAGGAAAUCCGUGAAUUGCAAUCCCAGAUCAAGAGCACUGCUGUCACUCUGGAAGUUGACACUUCCCGCAACCUGGAUCUGAGCCACAUCAUCGACGAUGUGCGGGCUCAGUAUGAAGGGAUGGUGAACAAAAUGCGCCAAGACAACAUGUAUACAUGUGAGACUAAGUUCACCGAUAUGAAGAAAAAUUCUGGGAAAUGUGCCGAUGAGAUUCGUAUUGUGAAGACUGAGAUCACAGAUAUGCAAAGACAAAAUGGAAGACUAAAUUCUGAAAUCCAGGCUUUGAAACAACAAAGAGAGCAGCUGGAGACCGCAAUUUCUGAGGCAGAAGAGCGUGGAGGAAUGGCUAUUGCUGACGCUAAAGCCCGCAUUGCUGAACUGCAGAAUGCCAUUGACAAGGGUAACCAAGAGAUGCUCCGCCAGGUGCGCGAGUACCAGGAAUUGAUGAACACCAAGCUUGCCCUGGACAUUGAAAUUGCCACUUACAAGAAACUGCUUGAAGGCGAAGAGAGCAGGUUGUCAAAACCAGUGAAUGUCACCUAUCACCAAUCGGUAAAAAGUCACUCCUAUCCGGCGAUGCAGUUUGAGACCUCCCUCCGUGGUGGACUGGAGCAGAGUCUCGCAAACAAAUCCCUUAUCGUUAAGACGAUCGAGACCAGGGAUGGGAAGACACUCUCCGAGUCAUCCGCUUUUCAAAGAAGAUGAAGUCCUUGUGUUUGACUCCAAGUCAUGUCUGGUCAUUUCAAUCAUUUUUAAUGUCUUGCAUUUUAAGUCUUUAUUGAUAAAUUGUUAAAGGAUUGAGAGAAUGAGGGUUUAUGAAGGAUUUUAUUCCCACUCCUGGGACCAAAUGUGAAAUAAAGCUUGAUAACACAA